AUGUCUUCCAAGCCAGAGGAACCAUUUGCCGAAACAUCGACGAACGCUGUGGGAGAGACACAAAACUCGAUUGAGGAACCAACGAGCUCCAAGCAAAUCAAGCCAUUGGAGACCACGAACACUUCCACCCGGUUCCAGAGACCGAGAAGUCCAAAAACACCUGAACCCUUUGACUGGUCGCCGACUCACAAUGAACAAGUGGAAGCUUAG